AUGUCAUCACACGGGAGUGGUGGCGCAGCCUUCGAUUCGGGUAAUGAUGCUGGCAAGACUCAAGCACCAGCACCAGCACCAGUCACCAGCACACCGCUCAAUAGCACAGCAUUGUGGACCAAGAUGUCCAUUGGGAAGAUCCUGAACUGUGUUAGUGAGGCUGAUCUCCUGCCUGUUCCGGUGUCCUGGCAAGGAUGGAGCAGCUUAGUCUCCAGCCAUGACAUGCAUGGGGCUCAGAACUCCAAGACCACUGGUGGAUAG